AUGGUGAAAGAACGCGAACAGACAGAGGCACAAGCGGUGGGAUGGUCGCGAGAAGAGGUCUUGCAGCGCAUCGAAGACUUGGCAGCCGAGUUCUUCAAGUGCUUAUCGGACGGAAACGUGCUGGAUCUCGAAGCUCUGAAGCGCACUUCUUCGGCUAUGCUGUACGACCACGAGACAAAGCAGCAGGUCCACGGCAACGAGACGCGUCUGAUCAAGCUGAACCGACAAGGAGGCAGACGAUACACGGGCAUCUGGCUCAUCUUGCAGACGGUACAUGCGCUGCUGAUGGAGCACAAGACAGCAACACAGCGAGAUGUGUACUAUUUGCACCCCUUCUUCAAAGGCCAGAGCGAAGCCGACGAGGCGAUUCUGGAUGCCGGAAGCAUUUUGGGCGUGCCGAGAGGAUGCAUGAAUAUUGUUGGCGCAUCGAGAGGUUGUUUCACCGGCGACAUCAGUCUUAUCAGAGAUAACCAGUGGAGGUACUUUGGCAGUGGAGAAGAGGUGUCCAUUACGCAAGAGCUGUUGCAGCUCAAGCCUAGCGAAAUGCACAGUAACGCAAAGUGCAUUAUCGUUAUCGAGAAAGACGGGAUCUUUAACCGCUUGAGAGAGGACAAGUUUUUUGUGGCGGUUCCAAGCAUCUUGAUCACUGGCCGUGGGUUUCCAGAUCUUGCAACAAGAAUGUUCGUGAGCAUGUUGAGCAAGGCUUUUGGAAUUCCAGUUCUCGGUCUUUGCGACUGCAAUCCAUUCGGCCUCUCGAUCAUGCUUACAUACAAACUAGGAUCAGCUCGGAUGCCCUUAGAAUCACUACAAUAUGCUGUAGACAUUAAGUGGGUCGGCCUCCGUCCGUCACAAGCUGCAAGCUUGGGUUUGCCGUCGUCGUCCCUCAAAGCGUUGACGCGAAAGGAUACCGCCGUGGCAGAAUCCUUACUAAGUACAAGCUUUGUUCAGGCUACCGGUGCUUACAAGAGAGAAGUCCAAAUGUGGCUUGGAGAUACGCUACCGUGGAAAAUCGAGCUCGAAGCCCUAUACAUUUUCGGGUUCACGUUCCUGACUUCCUUUCUUGAAGAUUGCAUCCGAGAUUGCAAUUUUCUAUGA